UCUGCUCACUGUUUAGUUGCGAUUUUCUCCCUGGAGGAGGAAAUUCUUGAUUUUUUUUUUCCUGCUUGGCAGCACGGGUGAGAAUGGAUCCUGGAUCGGCUGGGGUGCUCGUUAUCCUCUUCCUCCUCUCCAUCCUGUGGUUCCUGGUCUGGAGAAGCAAUAAGAAGAGAAGCCAGCUGCCGCCUGGACCAGCCCCAUGGCCCGUUCUGGGCAACCUAUGGCAAAAGGAUGUCCUGCCCCUCUACAGGACCUACAAGAAGCUCAGCAGCAGGUAUGGCCCCAUCUUCACCGUCUGGCUGGGGCUGAAGCCGGCGGUGGUGCUCUGUGGGUAUGAGGUGGUGAAGGAUGCUCUGCUGGGCCACUCCGAGGAGUUUGGAGGGAGACCUGAAAUACCCCUUCUGGUGCAGCUGUCGAAAGACUACGGUUUUGUCUCCAGCAAUGAGAAGAAGUGGCAGGAGCUGCGGAGGUUCACGCUCAGCACCCUGCGGGACUUCGGGAUGGGAAAGAAUUCCAUGUCGCAAUGGGUGCAGCAGGAGGCCCAGCACUUGGUGGAACUACUAGCAAAACUCAAAGGAAAUGCCUUUGAGCCAAUGACAGUGUUCAGACAUGCGGUUGCCAAUGUGAUCUGCUCCGUUGUCUUCGGGAGCCGUUACAGCUACAGCAACAAGGCCUUGGAGCUACUGAACGUGAUCGGGAAUUACAUCAGCUUCUUCCUCUCCCCACUUGCCAUGGUCUACAACACCUUCCCCAACAUCAUGCACCACCUCCCAGGGCCACACAAGAAAGUCCUAGCCGAGUGUGAGAAGCUGAAGGACUACAUCCGAGGAAGAGUUGAGCUUCACAAGCUGACGCUGGAUCCCAGCUGCCCCCGGGACUACAUUGACUGUUUCCUUAUGAAAGCGGAGAAGAAGAAGAGCAGCCUGGAGAACAUGUACAGCAAUGAAGACUUGGUCAUGUCAGUAUUCAACCCCUUUGGUGCCGGAACAGUGACUACUAGCAACGUCCUGAUCUUCUUUCUCUUGAUCUUGGCAAAAUACCCCCAUAUUCAAGCCAAGGUCCAAGAGGAGAUUGAUGCGGUGGUAGGCACUGGCUGUGCUCCCAGGUCGGAGGACAAGCUGAGGAUGCCGUACACCAACGCGGUGAUCCACGAGCUGCAGCGCUUCCGCAAGACCCACAAGGAGAACUUCCCGCGGAUGACGACGCAGGACGUCGUGUUCAGGGGCCACGCCAUCCCCAAGGGCACAACUGUUAUUCCGUUAUUUUAUUCUGUGCAUACGGAUUCAACCCAGUGGGAGAACCCCAAAGAAGUCAACCCAGGCCUCUUGGUUGAGAAGGGCAAGUUCAGGAAGCGCGAAUCCUUCCUGGCUUUCUCGGCAGGGGAGCGGGUGUGCCCAGGAGAGGCACUGGCUCGCAUGGAGCUCUUCCUUUUCCUCACCACGCUGCUGCAGAGCUUCACCUUCCAGCUUGCCAUCGAGUACGAGAUGGAUUUACUCUCCCUAUGGCUUGAGAUAGAGAGGGGGGCGAUACCAGGCAAGUUCUUCGCUAUUCGACGCCGGGUGUCCUCUUAAGCUGAAAGCUGCGGGGAGAAGGAAGGGGUCUUCCAGGUGCCUUCAUUUCUUCCGAAGUCAGAGCAAGCCAUGCAACCAUGAAUGCUACAGCAGCAGCCACCAAGCAGGAGGGUCGCUUUGAACUUCGAGCUUCUCCUCAGAGAACUGCCACACAUCUCUGCCACCAGCUCCAUGGGCAACCUGCUCCCAACCCUUCCCUUCCACAUCCCAGUAACAUGAGGAAGACAGUACUGGUUUUCCUCCUCCCGUACCUAUCGGCUCUGAUUGAGCCUCUAGCUCCAUGUGGCAGGGCUGCUCCCCCAGCUGAGCUGGGCACCCCUUCAUUUGGUGAGAGAUUAAGAGUGCUUCUGCAAUAAAAAUAACUGUGGUAACUGGA